CCUUACAAUUUACAAACACCAAGUUUCCAUUAUGGAUUCUAAAACAAACUUUCAAGCUGAUGAGCACCAAAGACGCUCUGCCAAUUACAAGCCAAAUAUUUGGAAGGAUGGUUUCCUUGAAUCUCUGAACAGCAAAUACGUUGGAGAUGAUUAUACAAGGCAGUCUAAGAAUCUAAUAGAAGAUGUGAAGAAUAUGAUGUUUGUUGAAACUGAAGAUUUGAUAGCUCAUGUUUUUGGUGGCUUCAUGGAUGAGAAGGGUGCAUUAAAGGAAAGCAAUUAUUGGGAUGUCAAAGGCAUGCUUGAACUUUUGGAGGCCUCAAACCUGGCUUUUGAAGGCGAAAGGAUCUUAGAUGAGGCGAAAGCUUCCUCUACGGUAGCUCUCAGAGGUUCCAAAGUCUGGAAUCCGGACAAUAACCUUGCCAGGCAAGUGGUCCAUGCUUUGGAGCUUUCAUCACACCGAAGAGUGGGGUGGUUUAAUGUCAAAGGGCACAUACACGCCUAUGAGAAAGACAAUCACGCAAACACCAUUUCAUUACUUGAAUUGGCUAAACUCAACUUUAACAUGGUUCAAGCAGCACUGCAAAAAGAUCUAAGCGAAGUAUCCAUGUGGUGGAACAAUCUGGGCCUCAAAGAACACUUGAAGUUUGCGAGAGAUAGACCGGUCGAGUGCUUCAUGUUUGCUGUGGGAUUAAAUUUCCAUCCUGGCUACACAUCUUUUAGAAUUUUGCUUAGUAAAGUCAUCAACUUGAUUCUGAUAAUAGACGACGUUUAUGACAUUUAUGGCUCAUUGGAAGAGCUAAAGAUCUUCACCAACGCCGUGGAUAGGUGGGAUGUUGGGGUAACUGAGCAGCUUCCAGAGUGUAUGAAGAUCUGUUUCCAAGUGCUCUACAACACAACUUGUGAAUUUGCUCAUGAAAUUGAGGAGGAGAGUGGUUGGAAUCUAGCGUUACCUCAUUUGAGCAAAGCGUGGGCAGAUUUCUGUAAAGCAUUAUUAGUAGAGGCAGAGUGGUACAGCACGGGCUACGCACCAUCCUUUGAAGAGUACCUAAGUAAUGGAUGCAUUUCAUCAUCAGUUUCAGUCCCUUGGGUUCAUACAUUUUUCUCCACAACCCAUCGUGACGGAAUCAAAGAGAUUGCUGAUUUUCUGCACAAGAAUGAAGAUCUUGUGCAUAACAUAUCUCUGAUAGUUCGGCUCACCAAUGAUAUGGGAACUUCCGCUGCUGAACAAGAGAGAGGCGAUGCUCCUUCAGCAAUCCUAUGUUACAUGCGAGAGAUGAAUGCUUCUGAAGAUACAGCUGAGGCGAAGAUUAAGGGGAUGAUAGACAAUGCGUGGAAGAAAAUAAAUGGGAAAUGCUUGAGAACCCCACAACAAGUGCCUUUUCUCUCACCAUUCAUCAACAACAUUGCCACAAAUAUUGCGCGAAUGGCGCACAGCCUUUACCAAGCUGGAGAUGGAUUUGGUGAUCAAGAACAAGGCUCUCGGCUGAUCCAGUCUGUGCUGGUUGAGCCUUUACCACUUUGAAGAGUUGGAAUCUAGAGAGUCAUCAAUAGUGUUUAAUAAGUACAGAUCUGUAAGAGUACAUCCACUGUAAGAUGAGCUUCUGUUAAAAG